GGUUCUGUUAUAGGCUUCUCAGAUAGAUCGAUUCCUAAUCUCUCUUCGUUCGUUUACAACUUACAAGAUUUUGUCUUUUCUGUUUUUCUCGGCGGUGGAUGGCGAUGAAGGUGAGACAGUCGCAGCGAUUCCAGGCGAAGAGAUGGUCGACGUUGAUGCUGGUUCUGAUGAUGCUGUUCAUGUUAACGAUCGUUCUCUUGAUGCUUCUGUCUUUUGGGGUUUUCUCUCUUCCGAUUGAUACCUUCGACGAAGCUUCUCCGACCGAUCUCUCUUCUUUCCGACGAGCUGCAACUGAGAGUGAGGGAAUUGGGAAGAGAGGAGAUCAAUGGACUGAGAUUCUAUCUUGGGAACCCAGAGCUUUCCUCUACCACAGUUUCUUGUCGAAGGAAGAGUGUGAAUAUUUAAUCAGUCUUGCUAAACCACAUAUGGUGAAGUCAACUGUUGUUGAUAGCCAAACGGGCAAGAGCAAAGAUAGCAGGGUGAGAACAAGCUCAGGGACUUUCCUUAGGAGAGGAAGGGACAAAGUCAUUAAGACCAUUGAGAAGAGAAUUGCUGAUUACACCUUUAUUCCAGCAGAUCAUGGAGAAGGACUUCAGGUUCUUCAUUACGAAGAAGGGCAAAAGUAUGAACCACACUAUGAUUACUUUGUUGACGAGUUCAACACUAAGAAUGGAGGUCAACGCAUGGCUACAAUGCUCAUGUAUCUGUCGGAUGUUGAAGAAGGCGGUGAAACUGUGUUCCCUGCUGCCAAUAUGAAUUUUAGUUCUGUACCAUGGUAUAAUGAGCUCUCUGAGUGUGGGAAAAAGGGACUCUCCGUUAAGCCGAGAAUGGGUGACGCGUUGCUCUUCUGGAGCAUGAGGCCUGAUGCUACACUUGAUCCCUCAAGCUUGCAUGGUGGAUGUCCUGUGAUUAAAGGGAACAAAUGGUCAUCUACCAAAUGGAUGCAUGUCGGCGAGUACAAAGUCUAGCCUGUUUGAUUGCUGGACAAUUUACUGAUUCCUAGAUGAACCAAGAAUUGUAGAGAGGUUUUCUUGUCCCUGCGGCUCAGUGUAUUUUGUCAUCACCAUUCUUUGUUUUGAUGGGAUUCAGAGGUUUAUAUAUUAUAUAUAUAUAUCAGCAGAGAAUACCAAAAGAUAUGUUAGACCAAACUAGGAUGGCUUAGAGAGACUGUUGCUCAUUGAAUAGACCUUUGUGAAUUAGUUAUGACAUUAUCAAAUACAAAACUGUUGUUAUCUUUAUAUACAAGCUGAAUUAUUUACUAACA